AUGGAAGCUAUGGAGAUUGAAUCAGUUCACGUGGAUUCAGAGGAAUUGACAUCUGCUGAUUUGUAUCAUGCUUGCGAAAGCAAUAAUAUUGAACAAGUGAUGCGUUAUAUUGAAUCAGCAAAUAUUAAUGAUAUAAUUAAUAAAAAAUUGCAUCCAAGUGGAAGUACUGCCCUACAUAUUGCUGCGCGCAAAGGACAUAAUGAGAUUGUAAAAUUAUUAUUGAAAAACAAUGCAUUCCGUUCAACAACAAAUAACUACGGUUUAACACCAAUUGAGGAAGCUCGAACUGAAGAGACGCGAGAUCUUUUCCGACGAAUAAAUACUAGGCAUUCAUUUAUGGGAAAUCUAGAUGAUGCUGUUAUUGAAUGGGUAACUGCAGAUUCUGACUUAGUAAAAGAAUGUAAUCACUUCAGAAACGGUACGGAUUCGUUGAAAAGAUAUGACUAUUUAGCAACACGAGAACUAUUAGUUGAAAUCAUCAGUUAUUAUAUUAAAGAUUAUCUGGUACAAAGCGAAGGCUUGCUUGAUACAGAGAUAAAAGAGAUUGAAUAUAACUUUACAGAAGCACUUCACCAACGAGAUAUUAUUCACUAUCUUAUUAAAGCUUAUACAUCAUCAACAGCAAACUUUUAUAACAUUCUUAAUAAACAUUUAGCAAAGUACUGGAUGGAUUAUUUCGAUGAGAAGAUUAACUUUAGACCUAAUUAUCGACUCAUCAGUUGUCUAAAAAACAUUGUAGCUCUACUCAUACAUCAUCCAGAUUUUAUCAAUCAUCAUUUCAUCGGAACAACAUAUCGAAGAAUGUUAAUGACUGAAAACGAUCUUGCAAAGUAUCAAACUGGUAGUCAAAUAAUGAAUCUAACGUUUCUAUCUACAUCAAAAAGAAUACCAGUUGCAGAGUUCUUUGCUGGGGAAGGACAACAAAAUAGUUUUUGGAAGACAUCCGAUAGAACACACAUUCAAAUACCAGUAGUUUGUCAAUACAAGAUCAAAAAUACCCGCACGGCUGUCGACAUUGAUUCAAUGUGGAUUAGUUUAGAUGAGCAAGAAGUAUUAAUUACGCCAUUUGCAGCAUUUAACGUUACUAAUGUGAAACGGCAUGAUUCAUCGACUAAUUCAUCCGUUUUAGUUGAAAUAGAGUUAGAAGAAUAUGAAUAUGAGCUUGAUUUACCUCGAACGUUUUAUGACACCCUUGCAUUGAAAUUACCGCAGGGAGUUAUUAAAGACGAAGAUCAACUCGGUCGAAAAAUUAACAAUGAUUAUUCUAUAGUUUGCUACGGAGUUCAUGUCAGUUUGUCAACUAUUUCAACGUUACCUGAUGUUAUUUAUAUCGAUGACGACGAUGAAUGUAAAUGUAUCGCACAAAUUAACUUGAUCAACAAUAAAAAGGUGUGCUUAAUGAUUACACUGAACUUUAGUGAAUACGUUAUUCCGCUUAUACACGAACAACAGCACAUACAAUUUAUUUACAUCUAUCAAGAUUAUCAGGAUAAGUUCGAGAAAAACCAAAAAUGGAUGAAAAGUUAUCGAAAAAUUCGUAGUUUAUUCAUCAUAAAAGACGAUCUAAUUACUGCAUUGAACAAGGACAUCGAACCGUAUCCUAAUGUGAUGGUACACGCGGAUGCAAUAUUCAGACAGAAAAUAGUGACUGAUACACGUGAAUUUUCCAUCAGUACCGCUGUGACUAUGCCACUGAUGGCUAUUUAUCAAAAGUAUGUCUCUAAUGAUACUACUAAAGAACAAAAAGAAUAUAUAUAUUACUACUUUUUAACAAAAAUUAUACUGACACAAAAAUUAGAAAUGAAUGAUCAAAAUAUCGAACUGAUACAGGACAAUUUAUUUGCACCAAAAAAUUUAUAUUUGAUACAUGAGACAUUGAAUAAUGCUUAUAAGUCAAGAAACAUUAAUAAAUUAUUAACAAAUCAACGAUUAAUCUGUCAUGUCAGUCAACAAUUAGUAGACUCAUCUUCACGGUUCUAUACGUAUCGAACUCAGUUUUUCACUUCAAAUGAAUUGCAACUGUUGCAAGAUAAUAUUGGCGCGCUCCUUUCGUUCUAUUCAUUUCUAAUAACAACCAAAUCAUAUCAAUCGGCUCAUACAAUUGCUAGAAAUUAUCGUCAUGAUGACAACCUUGAAUCAGUUUUAUUUGAAAUUGACAUAAGUAAUGUUGAUAUGAAAUAUGCUUGUAUUGAUUCGAACGAUAAUGAUAUAAUUAUGCUACCAAUUGGAACAAUAUUUCGAAUUCGGACGAUAAAACAAUAUUUUAAUCAAAUUUGGCAUAUAGAAUUAAUACUGGACAAUAAAGUAUUACAAGAAUCACAAUUAUUGACAGAAUAUUUUGAAUCUACAAUUGGUAAUUCAAUAACUUUUUCGACAUUUGGUACUUUGUUGUCGAUACUGGGAGAAUAUAACCAAGCCCAACAGUAUUACGAUGAGAUCAUUGACAUUCAGCAAUCAAACAACGAUUCACCACUUCUGGGCUGUAUUUAUAAUAAUCUCGCUCUUAUCCAAAGCAUAAAAGGUAAUGUAGAAAAAGCAAUGAAUAAUUAUCAGCUUGCACUUCAGUGGCUACAAUCACAUACAAUAACUGAUGUUCUAAACAGUUCUCGCCCUAAUACCAUAGUUAGCCGAACUGUGGCAAAUGACAAUUUACAAAUGCAAUAUCUAUCAGCUGAUGACAAAGCGGAUAAUCUAUCAGCUAUUUAUGGUAAUAUUGCAACUGCAUAUCAACGUGAUAAUAAAUACAAUUUAGCCUUAAAAUAUUAUCGGACAGCUAUUGAUUCAACUUCAGAUGAGGAAUCUAUUGAAAUGUAUGAAAAUAAUAUGGUAUCAGUUUUAACCAAACAAGUGCAACAAGUAACAUAA